ACAUCUAGCGAAUGGUUAAUUCAUAGUUAAUUGUGAAAAUCGAUCACAUUUAAUAUGAAAACUAAUAACGUCCAUCAAUAGAUUUCAGUUAAAUUUACAAAUUAAGUUUAAACAAUCAAUUCUAUAUAACCAAAUCAAAUCAAAUGCAGAUGAAUAGGAAUUACGAAGCUGAUACUCAGGUAUGGCGUCGAUUACAAUUAAAAAGAUCUAAAUUAAAAACUUCGGCCAAAACCUCAGCUUUACUUUCGGGAUUUGCAAUGGUCGCGAUGGUUGAAGUGCAAUUUGCGAACGAACCUGAGAAUCCGAUUCCAUCCAAUUUAUUAAUUGUCUUCGGUCUUUGUACUGUACUUUUGGUCUCCGUUCACAUGUUGGCCUUAAUGAUAUCCAUUUGUAUUCUUCCUUCGAUCGAGUCGAUCUGUUUGACCUCAGAAAUGGGUCGAGUUGAUCCUCGUGAUUCUCCUCAUGAAAAAAUGGGAACUUUUAUCGAAAUCGCUUGGACCUUUUCAAAUGUUUUCGGACUUUUCUUGUUCCUCAUCGAAGUGGCCAUUCUUUGUUGGGUCAAGUUCUGGGAAAUGGGUCAACCUAAAGGUGAACCCGGUAAAAGAGCAGCUCUUGUUUCUUCAAUCAUCUUAAUUCCUGUUCUAAUUACAUUCGUGGUGUUUGCAGCCCAUUUUUAUCGAGUUCUAACUCGUUACAAUUAUGAACGAUCAGCAACUCAAGUGAAAGAAUUAGAAAACAUGGCUCUCGAACUGGACAAAGGUUCUAUUCAAGAUCUGUCGACAGUUUCCCGUUCACCGUUCACAAUUCAACACAUUUAAUCAACAAUCAUAAUCACCGACUUACAACUAAUCACAAUCAACUCCAAUCAUAAUGAUCAUUUGUAAUAUUUUUCAUUUGUAUGUCAAGAUAGAAACACAAAUUGGACACUUUCAAAACAAAUCAUAAACAAUCAAACACACAAUUAAUAUAAUUAGUUUAAAUUUCUUGAAA